AUGUCAACAGAAAAUCUGUCAUCAAAAGCACCGCCCUUCAUGGAUUCCUCCAAGAAUUGGAACUUGUGGUACAAGAUGAUGCUAGGUCUUGCCAUAGAACUACAAGUACUGGAUCUUGUCAGUGAAGAAAGUCCCAAUCGAACGAGCCAAAUACCUAUACCUUCUCCUCCAGAGUUCCCUAUCGAGCACACCACGGAAGCAAAAGUUAGAUGGGAUAUGGAGAAUACUAAGUAUAACAAUGAUAGAAAUAUCUAUCGAGAUAAGCUUGAAGGUGUCAGUAGGAUCAAGAAGGAGAUCUUCAGGACGGUAUCUGCUAAUGGCAAUUUUGAUAUGUGGAAGGACUUCCUCUAUGCUAAUAUACCCAUCGACAAUCCAUAUGUCACCGUUCGAAAAAGGGAAAUUGAGAUAGGGGAUAUGCAGAUAAAUGACCCGCAGAACCAGCGCCGAUUAGCAAGCCAAAGGUUUCAAGAUGCUUAUCAAAAAGACUGGCAACCGAUACGCGACUUCUCCAAAUACCUCGAAGAUUGGGAAUAUUACUUACCCCCAUACAAUGAGCAGCAAAGAAUGGAUAACCUGCGAAGUAAAGCUUUACCAGUGAUACGCAAUGAACUCCUUCGUUAUACCCAAGAACUCGGAGAUGAUGACGAACCCCUUCGAAGAUGGCAGUUGAUCGAUGAAAAUAUGCCGGAGCGACGGCGAGCUAUUCGUAAGGGCAAGCCUGCGAGGUUUAUAGACAACCAACGUCGCCCUGGAAACGAGAGGAGCAAACUGAUUCGACUCAAGAUCCACCGGAACCUGCGCCAAGAGCGGCUGAUACCUCGGCAGAAAGCACCGCAAAUACAAUCAACCGGAGGCGUAGCCGGGUACCACUUUGGCAACUGGAAUUAA